AAAGCGUCAGAAAAUCUCCUGCAAGAUGUACUCCGUCCUCGCCCCCUUGGUUUAGUACCAUGGAUGGCCGUUGGCGCAAUCAUUAUGUACGCUGAUAGGCAUUCUGAACCAGUGUGUUCGGCGCGCGGGGCAAGGCCGGCUACCAUACGCAGCCGUACCGCGCGUGUCUUAAUCUCAGAAGAAGAUGGACAUGCGCUCUCUUAGCUAGUUGUCCGCAACGUCCCCACAAACCCAGCAUUUCUUCAGUGUUCGACAAAUCACCUGAAAAUGAGUGCAGUCAAGCGUGCGGCUUGUGACAGAUGUCAUGGGCUCAAGAUGAGAUGUAUCCGAGAAGAGAACAGGGCCAAGUGUAACCGGUGCCUGGGUGCCGGGUCUGUCUGUGUCUUUUCUGUUUGCAAAAAAGCAGGAAGGCCAGCUCGAAAGAAUCACUAUGGCCACCAGCACCAACAUCGGCACCAGCCAACGCCGAUCCAACAGUCAUCUCCGCCUUACAUACAAUCGAACCCUUCGAUAGAUAUAAGCUUGUUUAGUACCUCACAGGACAAUUUUUCCAUGGCCAUUGCAGACGAAUAUUUGUCUGCUUCAGCGCUCAGUGGCGCGCUGUCGGACCCGAUUCCCGACCUGCCCAUGUUUGGACUUGAGAUGGACGAAGCAGUACCAACCGGCAGAAACCCAAGAGAGACCCACCACCAAUGGUUGGAGGAUUUCUUUAGCGUCAGUGAUUUUGAUAAGCAACGGGACCCAGUCAUCGUGGAGCCUACGUCACACAGAUUUCCCUCCUCCACAACGCAAAAUCCCUCCAGUGUUGGAGGUAAUGCAAUGCAACAGCUUUCGGAGCUAAGUGGCAAGCUGUUUGCCCACAUUAAUGCUGGCACAAAGGAGAGUACGACCGAAUCCGCAACUACCCGGUUGGAAGAGCUAUCCGCGCGAGUCAUCGAAAAUACGGUCGACUUCUAUAAUAUACUCAGUAACAAUUCGGAACCCGCAUUUGAGGCAUCCCUUGAUCACGGCGAGGUCACAGCUACAGCAACAACACUGCAGAUAUUGACCGCAUACAUUCGCCUCACUCAGCUUCAUCAGGCCCUCUACAACCAUAUUCACUCUCUUCUCUCGCCACGAAGCCCCCCGCUGUUCGCGGCGCUCCCAGAGUCGCGCGACUCAAACUCUUCGGGCUCCUCGCCCUCUUCAUCAGAUCGCGGGGUGCCAGUCCUCUUCCCGUCUCUUUCAAUCGGAGGUAUAUCCCUUGCCCCGUAUCCAAGGUUUCAAUUGAAGAUGAUAGUCCAAAUAUGUGUGCACCAUCUGGGGGAAGUCGAGUCACUGCUCAGGCUGCCAGCGGGAUUUUCUGUCAGUGACGAAGGAGCUAAUGGAGGUGAUAACAGAGAGGGCGGUAUCUUGUAUCCGGAUUCGGAUCGAAUGGCGCUACUAGUACGAACCAUAAUGUUAGAAGCUGGGGACUCAGUGAAGGGUAUUCGACGAGUUCUAGCAGAGCUAGCAGAAGAGUUUCGCGGAAGUAUCCAAGUUUAAUUCUCUUUAGACACUCUGGGGUAGGGCACCCAUAUUUGGGAGAGGACGUAAACAGAUUCCAC